UCCUGCCGCCGGGUCCGACCGCAUUCCUCUUCCGGUUUGGUAACAUGGCAAACGUGUGAUUCUGCUGAAAAUACUCAAGAUAAACUCUACAUUUAUCGCCCGCUACAUUUGUUUUUUCCAUGAACUGUCAUUUUAAUACUAAGUAGGUCGAUUAAGAAUAUUUUAUUCCACGCAAAAUGAGGCAGUAGAGUGAGUUAACACCCUUAGUCAACCUUUCGAUUGCCCGAACAAGUGAAAUCGAAAGUUGCGAUUGCACCACCAUCAAACGCUGAUUUUGUCAUGGCGGAACAAACAGCUAGUUCAGAAGUUCUCAAACGAUUUGCCUCAAAGGUUGUAGUUUCAAGUGUCAAAGAACGCACCCAAGCUGUCAAUGAUGUGGCGGAUUUAGUCUACAAAGGAGCUAUUCCUGAAGGUGCUGUCAAAGGCAUAUUUAGAUUUUUGAGCCAAGCAAUCGGAGUUUACCGAGAUGGCCGCUCUCGUAAUGCAGCCCUACGACUGGUUACCACUUUGUCUCAAUCACACUUGGAGGCUUCUGUGAAAGCCCUGACUGCAGCUUUAGACGGUAUUGCUCAAAGCCAAAGGAAGAUUGCAAAUCCCAGCCGCAGUUCAUCCGGUGAUGCCCUGCUCGGAUUGUCAUGGACGUGUGUGGUGUUGAAGCAAGCAAUGACUCCCUCCAGUGGGAUUGCUUCCUCAGCCUUACAACAGCUGAUCAAUUUGCAAGUGUCGCUGGUAUAUGGUUCUGUGGCUGCAAGGAAUGAGAUCAUGAAGGCAGCAGCUUACAGAAAACUCAAGAGGAUUUGGCGAGAGGUGCCUGGUUCUGUGGAGAAAUGUUCGGAGAUUGUCACCCAGCUGGAGCCCAGCUUCCACAGCCUACCUCUCAUUGCCUACAUCAUGACUUUCCUUGCCAGCACCUCGGAGAACAGUCUUCUUCAAAAGUACAAGAAAUUGUUCCUGGAGAUUUAUCUGAAACAAGUGAUUGCAAGCAGAGUGGCUCCCCCUCUGUGGGUCUUGCUGAGUAGUGCUGAGCUGCUGCGACAUGUGACCCAUGAGGAGUUCAAGGAGCAAGUCUUACCUGCCGCCCAGAAGGCCAUGCUGAGGAGCCCGGAGGUCAUUCAGGAGGCCGUGAGUGAACUUAUUCGCUCUGUCAAGCUGGACCUGAGUCCGUACACAGGAGACAUCACCAAGCUUUAUUCAGGUCCCAUAGCAUCUAAAGAAGAGCGUUCAAGAAGUGUUGCCGUACAGGCCAUGAGGAACCUGGCGGUGCAGUGCAGUGACCCCGGCGCAGUUGAGAAAGCGGCAGGCAGUCUGUUCAAGGUGCUUGGUGGUUCGGAGGGUAAGCUGACAUUUGCCGAUCAAAAGAUCAGCGUUCUCCAAGGCAUCGGGAACUUGGUCCACAACACAGUGAGUGGCACACUGUCCCUGCAGUCCCUGAGCAGCACUGUGUCAGAAAUGUUUCUGCCUACACUUCAACAGGAAGUUCAUGAGGGCACUUUGGUUCAUGCCCUGUCUAUGCUGAGUCUGUGGUGUGCCAAGUUUUACACAGCAGUUCCCGACAAGUUGAUUCAAUGGUUUCAGAAAGGCCUUGCCUUGAAGACUUCAACUUCAGCUGUGAGAUAUGCCUACAUACGAUGCAUGAAUUCAGCAUUUAGAGGUGAUACCCUGCCUCAGAUGACUCCGCUCUUGCCUGUGCUGCUGCAGACACUGGAGAAGGCGGAGAAACAGCCGAGCCAGUCGCAGCUGGUGGCAGAGGCCGUCGCCGCUGCUGGCCUCUUGAUCAAAAUUGCUUUGGUGGACAUACAAGCAGAGUCCAAGCUGGGCCCGUUCUGGACUAUGGUGUUGGACAGCAAGAAACAAAUUUUGGUGAAUGACAAGUUCCUCUCCUCUGCUUCCGAAGACAAUCUGCAGAGUUUGAUCUUCUUGCUGGAGCGAUUGAUCAUGAACUUUCCUACGAAAAUGACAGAUGAUGUAGCAAGGCCGUACUACCGUGCUCUGAUCUUCUGCCUGUGCCAUCGAGCCUGGCCCGUACGCCAGGCUGCCACUUCAUGUUCCAGGAAGAUUCUGGCCUUGUUGGGCGGGGCGCCAAUUGCUCUAGCCCUUGUUCAGGAGUUUCAGUCUGUACUUGAAUCGCAAAAGCUGUCAGAUCUGCAGCAGACAUUGAGCAGAGAAGAAGACGGUAAAGAGACGUCGGAGUCUUCGGCCAGUCGAGUGGUCUCCCCGGCCAUCAUAGCUAGCACUGUGCAUACAAUUUGUUCAGUGGAGAAGGUGGAUCCUAAAGAUGCUGAGAAGAUCGCCAUGGCAACCCUUAUUCCAGCUCAUCACCCUUACAUUAUGUACGCAAAGAAGGACGUAUGGGUGAGCAUUCUGCGGUCCUUGAACUUGGACCCAGCCAACUUUGUGACCAGACACGCUCAGGAGUGCCUCGCCUUUGUCUGUACGGGGAAUCGUCUCACUGAGGCGGAGGAGAACCUGGUGUCCACCCUGGCUCUGGUCAGCCCCAGCGUGAUUGGCCCUCAGCUGGUCACCUACGUGCAGACACUGCUGUCCGAGCCCGCCCUGUCUCAGGUGACCCAGGAGGAGUUUGGCAUCUUCCUUACGCCGGAGGGAGAGCUCUACGACAGGUCCAUCUUAGACAGUGCCAUGAAGUCAGUGGACGUAGACCGCAACGUGCGCAGAGAGAACAAGCUCUACUCGUAUGAGGAUCAGAUGGCUGAGAUUGAGCUGAGGAAGGAAAUGGAGAAGAAAAAGGGCAAAAAGGGAACUGAUGCCCCCAAGCUGAGCAAGAAACAGGAAGAGCAGCUCGCUGCUACGAAACAAAGGGAGGCGGAUAUCCGAGAGCGAAUGCAACAGCUCAACAGAACAGUUCUAUGCAGUUGUACCAUUAUAGAGGGGUUGCUGCGAGUUGUCUCGGCCGAGCUGUCCACCUACAUCAAGGACAUCUACAACUCCAUCACGGCUCUGCUCAAGUCUCCUCUGGCCGCCUCUCCCUGCAGCAGGUUGUUUGUCAACCUGGGCCAGGCUGCUUUUGAGAACAAGCUUUUAGCGGAGCUGGUGAGCCACGCCACCCUGAGGCUGUCUGAGCCAGCCUGUCCUCUCAGCCGCGCCUGGACGGAGGAGAAGCAGUUGAGUCAGAGCAGCCGCGCUGUCGGGCAGUUGUACGCGCUGUGUGUCCCAGACGAGCCGCAGGAGAAUGAGCUGGAGGAGAGCCAGAAGGAUGCGAAAAAGCUCCUGCCUGGCCCCAGCUUUUGCUACAGUUACUACCUGCUUCAGCGUGUCCUGGAGAAAGGAGGUUUUGCCGUCAAGGGCGACUCUACCGUCUGCUGCCAGGCUCUUGUGCUGGUGCGGGAGCACGCCAAGAUGCGGAGGACAGCCGAGGAUGCUCAGGCCAUCGAUGUGUACGACCCGGACCUACUGCCGAGACGGGAGCUGUUUUCUCUGUGUCUGAAUGCCGUGGGCACUUGUGGGGCUGAGGUACAGCAGGCGGCCACAGAAGCAGUUCUGGAAGUGGCCCGGGCGGCCAACGGAGAGCCAGGAGCCACAGAGGUAGCCCCUGACGAGGUGGAGGUGUUGCUUGAAGCGCUGCACUCCCCGGCGACCGCCGUCAGAGAUGUGGCUCUGCAGUGCCUGUGUGAACUGAACGAAGUGCUGCCCUCUAUUGACGAGAACUACGACCUGGCUGUGUUGGUGGCCCGCCAUGUGUGGGUGGCAUGCAGCGACCCACAGGCUCCCAUACAGCAACUGGCCAAUAAUCUGCGCGAGGAGCUGGGCCUGGAGGAGCCGUACGAGGAGCUGUGCACGGCCAUCGUGCCCGACACCACCCACGACCAGGAAGUGGUGCGCACCGGCGCUGCCAUGGCGCUCUCACAGGUCCUGGAGAAGCACCAGACGUAUGUGCCAGCCACACUGCACACCUUGCUGGAGCUGUAUCAGGAGAAACUUUAUCUACCUCCCCCUCAAGUGGAUGAGUUUGGCAGACUGAAGGAGGAGCAGCCCCCAGACAUGUGGCCGGCCCGCUCGGGCAUCGCCCUGGCCUUAAAGCAGUUGUCGCCCCUGCUGCCCGAGGACCAGAUCCCGGUGCUGUUUGAGUUCUUUGUGCCGACCGCUCUGAGCGACCGAGCCGCCUCGGUCAGGUCUGGCAUGAGGGACGCUGCUCUGGCCGCUGUGCAGGUGCAUGGAAAGGAAAAUGUGAACACCCUCCUGCCGGUCUUUGAGCGUUUCCUCAUCACCGCGCCCGACACGGCUGACUACGACCCCGUGCGCCAGAGCAUUGUGAUUCUCAUGGGCAACCUGGCGCGCCAUUUGGACUCGGAUAACCCCAAAGUGAAGCCCAUUGUGGCUCAGCUCAUCGCUGCUCUCUCCACACCAUCGCAGGAGGUCCAGGAAGCUGUGGCCAACUGUCUGCCGGCCCUGGUACCGUCCAUCAAGCCGGAUGCACCGGGCCUGGUGUCCAAGCUCCUCUUGCACCUGCUGGACUCUGAGAACUACGGCGAGCGGAAGGGCGCGGCCUACGGUCUGGCCGGACUGGUCAAGGGUAUGGGUAUCCUGGCGCUGAAGCAGCAGCAGGUCAUGGACACGCUCACCGAGGCCAUCCAGGACAAGAAGAACCCCCGGAAGAGAGAAGGUGCUCUGCUGGCCUUUGAGAUGUUGUGCAGCAUGCUGGGCCGACUGUUUGAGCCGUACAUCGUUCACAUCAUUCAACAUCUGCUGCUCUGCUUUGGCGACAACAACCAGUACGUCAGAGAGGCAGCUGACGACUGUGCCAAGUCUGUAAUGAGGAACCUGAGUGCCCACGGAGUGAAACUUGUGCUUCCCUCGCUGCUCAAAGGUUUGGAGGAGGACGCGUGGAGAACCAAAGCUGGAUCUGUGGAGCUGCUGGGAGCCAUGGCGUUUUGUGCUCCCAAACAGCUGUCGGCGUGUCUGCCUAGCAUUGUACCCAAGCUGACCGAGGUGCUCACAGACUCCCAUCUCAAGGUACAGAAGGCAGGCUCUCAGGCCCUGCAGCAGAUCGGAUCCGUCAUCCGGAACCCGGAAAUUCAAGCAAUUGUACCGAACCUGCUGGAGGCUCUGCAGGAGCCCACACGCAAGACGACCACGUGUCUGGAGAAACUGUUGUUGACCAAGUUUGUUCACUUUGUGGACGCGCCGUCCCUGGCACUCAUCAUGCCGGUCAUCCAGCGGGCCUUCCAGGACCGCACCACUGACACCCGCAAGAUGGCCGCUCAGAUCAUGGGCAACAUGUACUCGCUCACAGACCAGAAGGACCUGUCCCCGUACCUGCCCUCUGUGAUCCCCGGCCUGAAGCAGUGCCUGCUAGACCCCGUGCCCGAGGUGCGUAGCGUGUCAGCGCGUGCGCUCGGUGCCAUGGUGCGCGGCAUGGGCGAGGACACGUUCCAGGAGCUCCUGCCCUGGCUCAUGGAGAAGCUGGUGUCGGAGAACAGCUCCGUCGACCGCUCUGGCGCAGCUCAAGGUCUGAGCGAGGUCAUUGGUGGUAUGGGAGAUGACAAGCUGAAGAAGCUGAUGGGAGACAUCAUCCAGACAGCAGAGCGGCCAGACCUGAUGCCGCACGUGCGCGACGGCUACGUUAUGACCUACAUCUACCUGCCCUCUGUCUUUGGCCCUUCCUUUGUGCACUACGUGGGGCCCAUUCUGCCUUCCAUUUUGCAGGCCUUGUCCGAUGAGAACGAGUUUGUUCGUGACACGGCCCUGCGCGCUGGAAAGCGCAUCAUCUCCCAGUACGCCGAGACGGCUGUUGAGCUGUUGCUUCCUGAGCUGGAGCGAGGCUUGUUUGACGACAACUGGAGGAUUCGGAACAGCUCCGUGCAGCUGCUAGGAGAUUUGCUCUACAAGGUCUCAGGUGUGUCGGGCAAGAUGACCACUGAGACGGCGAGCGAGGACGACAACUUUGGCACAGAGACUUCUCACAAUGCCAUUAUGAGAGCUCUCGGCAACGAGCGCCGCAACCGCGUCCUGUCCGGCCUGUACAUGGGCCGCUCCGACACGGCGCUGAUGGUGCGUCAGAACGCUCUGCACGUGUGGAAGAUCAUUGUUGCCAACACGCCCCGCACGCUGAGGGAGAUCCUUCCGACCCUGUUCACCCUUCUUCUGGGAUGUCUGGCCAGUACCAGCCACGACAAGAGAACGGUUGCCGCGAGGACUUUGGGUGACCUGGUCCGUAAACUUGGUGAGCGAGUCCUGCCGGAGAUCAUUCCCAUCCUGGAGAGCGGCCUCAACUCUGAGGAGGCGGACCAACGGCAGGGUGUCUGCAUCGGCUUGUCUGAGAUCAUGGCCUCUACCAGCAAAGAACAUGUUUCAGUAUUCGCCGACAGUCUGAUUCCCACCGUACGACGCGCUCUCACUGACCCCCUGUCUGAUGUACGCGCGGCCGCGGCCCACACAUUUGACAACCUGCACCACAACAUCGGCGCCCGUGCCCUGGACGAGAUCCUGCCCAAUCUGCUGAGACAGCUGAAUGACGAGGAGAUGUCGGGGCGUGCUCUGGAUGGCCUCAAGCAGGUGAUGGCUGUCAAGAGCCGUGUGGUGCUUCCCUACCUCGUGCCACAGCUGACGGCACCGCCUGUUAACACCCAAGCCCUUUCCCUCCUGUCAUCGGUCGCUGGAGAGGCUCUCACCAAACACUUGGGCAAGAUUCUGCCCGCCCUUCUCUCGUCUCUCAGUGAGAAGGUGGAUACACCAGAGGAGGAACAGGAGCUGGAGUACUGCAAGUGUGUGGUUCUGUCCGUCGAGGAUGACAUGGGCGUGCGCACCGUCAUGGAGGAGCUGCUCUCCGUCAUCACGCACAACCCCGACGCGGGUGUGUGCACCGCUGCCGUGCUCAUCCUGCACAGUUUCUGCGCCAACACGGCCGUGGAUGUCUCCGAGUACUUACCUCAGCUGUUCCGCGCCCUCAUUGGCCUGUUUGCCCGCACGGACGACAGGCUGCUCAUGGCUGCCUGGAGUUGUCUGGACGCCAUCACGAAGAAAAUUGACCUUACCAACACGUCAGAACACAUUGCCAAUGUGAGACAGGCUGUCAAGUUUACGCUGUCAGACUUCAAGGGGAAAGAACUACCUGGCUUCAGUAUUCCGAAAAAGGGCAUGGCUCCUGUGCUGCCAAUCUUCAGAGAAGGUCUGCUCAACGGUGCUGCUGAGGUGAAGGAGGCGGCUGCCCUGGGCCUGGGAGAGGUCAUUGCGGUGACCGGUGCCGACGCCCUGAAGCCAUCUGUGGUCAACAUCACGGGACCGCUGAUCCGUAUCCUGGGUGACCGCUUUGCCUGGUCCCUCAAGGUGGCCGUGCUGGACACUCUAUCCAUGCUCUUGGUCAAGGUUGGAGUGAUGCUGAAGCCAUUCCUGCCACAGCUGCAGACAACGUUCAUCAAAGCCAUCAACGACCCCAACCGCACAGUGCGCCUCCGGGCAGCGGCUGCGCUGGGGAAACUGAUUCUGAUCCACACACGGGUAGACCCACUCUUCAACGAGCUCAUCAAUGGCUUCAAGAGCAGCGAGGACACCAGCGUCAAGGAUACGUUUGUUCAAGCUACCAGGGCAUGCCUGAAAGGUGCAGGUUCAAAGAUGGCAGACGCGGGCCGCCGUCAACUGACCACCACCCUGGUGGGUCUCCUGGGAUGUAGCGAGGACAGCACGCGCAUGGCGGCCGCAGGAUGUCUGGGGACCUUGUGUGCCUCGCUGCCCGAUGCUGAGCUGUCACAGAUCCUCAUACAGCACCUUCUAGACACAGACGCGAGCCAGGACUGGACGGUGCGUCACGGACGCAGCAUGGCGCUCAGCGUGGCCCUCAAGGACGCGCCUGACCGGAUCUGGCAGCCAGCACACAGCUCCUCGGUGCUCACCACUGUCUCACAGCUCACUGCUGCAGACAGGAUCCCGAUCUGUCUGAGCGGUCUGCGUGCUGUGGGCCAUCUGCUGCGACACCUCCUGGAUACCCAGGACGCCAGCAAUGCUGUCACAGACCUCCAGACUCUGCUCAUCAAGAACAUGAAGUCAGACUCCAACGACGUCAAAGUCCUCAUAAGCCAGGUGGUCUCCUACCUGGCUGACAACAGUCCGCAGCGUUUCCGCGGCGACGUCCAGAUGGUUCCGGCGCUGGUGAUGGGCACCAAGGAGAAGAACUCCAUGGUGAGAUCGUGCAGCGAGGCAGCGCUCGUCUCCCUUCUCAAGCUCAGGAGCGGAGAGGCCACUUACCAGACUGUUCUGCUCUCUCUGGAUGCUGGCAUGCAAGAGUCUCUGAAAGAAGUGGUCAGUCGGUCACUGCGCAAGAUGGCCAGCCAGCCUGAGUCGCUGGUCGAGGAAAUCGACGACACCAUGUUGAGGUGAUCUGUUAGUACCGGUACCUCUCCUCGAAGGGAGACAGUGUGAUGUGUGCUGUUGUUUUUGGAAAGGAAUGUCCAAGUUCUUAGACUUGUCGAAAUUGUGAUGUCUUUCGUUGUUCAUCUUUGAAAUUCAUUGAGAUGGACUUCCUCUCUCGUUGUGAUUUCAAUGUCGAGUGAUCUGAUGUUGAAACCAAUCUUUUGUCAUAGACUUAAGUCGCAUCAUCUGCUCUCCUCAUCAACCCCCUUAGUCACCUGUUUCCCUACCCCCACAUCUGUCAUGUGAUUUUUAAAAAGGAAAUUUGACAUGAUAAAUAUGGAUGGUGUGUUGAAGUAAGGGAGGCGCCCCAGUUAAAUCUUAUCUUCGGUUAUAUAACGAUUAUCAUAAUUAUCGGACUUGCACGGCUUGCAAGCUUAAAGGUUCUGCAUGAUCUUUUACAAUGUCCGUAUUUUGAUGGAUGAACCAGGUAUGUGUGUGUGUGUGGACGCUACUGCUACUUCUGUGAGUAUUGUUUAUAUAGUUUGAGAGUUUGUGAAAGAUGUAAAUAUAUAAUAUCAAAUUCGUUUCAAUGGGGCGAGUGCUAAAACCUGUUUUGACGACGGACUUGUGUAGAAUUUAUUUUAUGCUAUUAUGGUUUUUAUUAAUGACCAAUAUGGUGAGAGAGAAAAUACUGAUGUCCCUAUGUAAAGAGGCAGCCCCACCACCACAAAAAGCAAUGAAUGUGUAUGUUGAUAAGAGGGGAAAAAGCAUUUAUUACACAAUAUUUCCUAUUUAUUGUGGGUAACUGGAUGACAAAAGACUUAUUAGUGUAGUGUAAGUCUAUUUAUUUUGGGUUUUUUUCAUCUCUGUCUGUCCUGUCCACGAAGGGGGUGGGGGGUUGUAUCAGCAUCCAGCCUCCCUGUAAAGUAGGUAAGGCGACUAAAAUCUCUGUCAUUCUCGUUAUUUCAUGAAAAAUGACGUGUGUUAAUCCAAGAGCAAAAUGAAUGCCAUGGUCAUGCUUAUUUUCUGAUCAGCAGCAAGACAUGAGUGUAAUGGAUGCUUUCCCAAUGCAUAGCUUUUUUAAAGAUUGCUUUGUUUUUUUCUAACUAUGUGUAGAACUAAAACAAAUUUGAACUGUGCUGUACUAUAUUUAUCCUCAGGAUUCAUGUUUUUUAAAAAGUGAGAUCAUAUUUAUUUCCUUUAAAUUAUAUCAUAGAGAUAAUCACAGCAAGGAUUUGUGCUGCAAGCCCAUCUCUUGAUAACCACCUGUUUCUGUCGUGGUCAUUCAAUUUUUCUUUGUUUUGGUUUCUUCAAAUGUCGUAGAGGGGCUACUGAAGAUUUAUCUCAGUACUGGGAGGUGGAACUGAGGGCCAGUGAAUGAAGAGAGGUGUCAUAAAUUAUGAUAAAUGGAGAAAAAAACCCCCAUACAAACCCAACAACAAGAUGUAGCUGAAACCUCAAGUUUAGAACUUGGCUCUGUUACUGUGGUAGACAAUCCAUAUUUUUGUCUACUGGUACCCGUACACUAUGAUUAUGUGGAAGUAUGGUGAUGACCCUUGGAUUCCUUUAGGUUGUGCAAGUGUGUGUGCAGAAGUGAAGUCAUUGCAGUAGUUAUGAUUACAAUGUUAAAAGUUUGGAAUGAAUAAACAUGUGUACAAAAAGAAAAAAAAAA